AUGGUAAUGGAGCAUCAGGCCAAAAUGAAUGAAAAAUUCCGGAAAUAUAGGGACGAUUUCAUUGAACGAAAAAUUCAAAGUGUUUGGGAGGAGCACGCAUUAGGGACAGACCACGUCGAUCGAAACAAUGCUAAGUUUAAAAAUAGAUUGGACGAAAGAUAUUCUUUCGUCGUGUCCCAUCAUCCCCAAGAGCCACCCUCAGUAGUCAUGGGAGAGCCUUGUUUUCAGAAUCCCUGUUCAUAUGACGCUAUUGAUGAGGUCUUUAGUCAUAUAUCAGAUCUCACAAUGGCUGGUGACAGGAAAUGGACAAUUCUGGGUUGUGAUGCACUACCAUAUACACUAGGUAGCCGUUUGAUUGAAUCGUCUUUCCUGUGCCCAACAUGUCACAGAGAAUUUUUAGAUGCUCAGGGUUUUCAGAAACAUCAGGAGGAUUCUGAGCAUGCGACCAAUGCAAGGCUGGAAGAUUGCAAAAAAUUUAAGAAUGUACUUCUCAUACCAGGACUUGGCCAUUACGAGAUAAAUAUGGUAAAAUGUAUAUUUGGAUUUUUAUGGAAAGUUGCGUUUGAGGACCUAGGCAAGAUGUUAGGGUUCAAGAGUGCUACUGCAUUAGCGUCAUUACGUGCCUGUGCAGACCACCAUAAAAGCUGGCAGACAUUGCAGAUAUUUCUGCAUGCAAUGUCGGAGGAGCUCAUUACCCCUUAUGUACGACACUGUAAGAGUGACAACCUUCACCCAUCUCUGGCGGGAUAUUAUGGAUGGCUACAGUCCUCCCAGCCUACUGCACUGUAUGAAUUUAUGCGGGAGGUUGUAUUUACGUACUGCCUCUCCAUCCAUGUAUUUAGAGCAGGUGUCAGGCGCAAUAAUACUGAUGCUAUUAAUUGUAGCAAAGCAAAGUUUGCUCCUCUCUUUUUUGGUCUAAAUAUGCCUUUUUACAUGGAAACAUACAUUAGGGAUUCCUUGACUCGUUUACAAUGUCCGCCUGAAGUUCUUGCGUUCAUUGAGAGACAUGAAUCCUACAGUGUUACGGGUAAUGAUAGCAAAGGUGAAGGAGGGGACUUUGUUCUUGAGGCAAAGAACAGGGAAACAAAAAGACUUGUACCCUCUGGAGUCCCCACAAAUCAAAUGUGGACCAACAUUUGUCGAAAUGUAGACAGAUUAGGCCAGGUACUUAAUAAUUAUUAA